GGAGACGGACGGUCGCCGGGGGGCGGGCCAGCGGGGAACGUCCCCGGCCGGCCGGUGCUUGACGCGGCAUUUUUUUUUUCUCGGGGCGGGGCACUUCCUUUGAGCGGGAAUCAAGCCAUCAUCUGCCCCCUCCUGUCGCCCUUUUGCCCCGACCAUACCCUUCCGUCGCUUUUUUUCUCUGCCCUCCCCAUCAUGUCCACACCCGCCAAGUCGGUCGUGGAGGAUUCCCCGCCCGGCGUUGCCGCCGAGCAGCCCCCCCUGCGGGUGCCCUUCUCGGCCACCAUUCCUGACACGCCGAUUGUCGUCUCGGCCAUGAGCAUGGACACUUUGCAGUCGGCCAAGUCCGACCUGGCCGACCGCAUCCAGUCCCUGGUUACUGAUGCCGGCAAUUCGGUGAAGCACUGCAUCCGGGGGACGAACGUGCAGAAUGAGCUCGCACGAAUGAGCAAGAACCUGGCACAGGCCGAGCCGGAUAUCCUGUCCACCGGCCAGAGCGUCCGGCAAAUGCACAUCAGCGUAAAUACGCUCAUUGGCCAGGCAUACGAGGUUGAGCGGCACAUGCAGGCCAUCAGCUCGAUCAUCGAGCGGGCUGACCCGUCGAUGUGGCUGGUCGAGUGAUUGCGCCCCUGCCCUCAGUGUUUCAGAAUCAAUGCAUGUCAAUCCCCUCA